CCCGUCAAGGGAACAAGCCACGGCAGCGUCUGGGCUUUGACCCGUCAGGCAGGUUUCCCUUAGCAGCGCACCGAGCCCGAGCAUCGGGAGCCGGGAAUGCCCCUCUGCCUGCUCGCAGGCUGACGGAGCCCCUCCGGCUCUCUCCUCGCCAUGCGUGCAGCCGGCUUGCUGCUGGCUUGGGCACUGCUGCGUCCCGCUGGCACCCAGCAAUGCCACAACGCCGGCCCCGGGGGUGUCCUCCGCUUCACCGAUACCCAUGCUGAGAUUCGGGUGCCGGCGCUGCACCGGGUGCCCAGCUCGCUCGAUCCCCUCUACGGCCUCGUGCGGCGCUGCCUGGACCUCAUCCAGCAGAACCCGCUGCCCACAGAGCUGCUCAGGGCAGCCCUGAACGACCCCAGCUCGGUGCAGACAUCGCAGGUGGUGCAGUAUGAACUGGGCUAUGUUGUCUGUGCCGCUGUGGCUCUGCUCUUCACCGUGGCUGUGCCGAUGGCCGGGAUGUGCUUCUGCUACUGCCGGAGCCGGCGGCGGUGCGGAGGCCGCCUGCGUGCCCAUCGGCGCUCACUGGGCUGCCGCCGCCACUGCCUGCUGGGCUGCCUGUCCCUCACCUCCCUCAUCAUCCUGGCCAGCGUCAUCUGUGCCUUUGUCACCAGCCAGAGGGUGAAGGUGCAGAUGGAGCCGGGGCUUGGGGCUGUGCCAAGCACCCUGCGCACGCUGCGGCAGCACAUUGCCAAUGUCCCCCAGGGAGUGCAGAUGGUGGUGGAUCAGUUCGAGGUGCCCCGAGAGCAGAUAACCUCCGACCUGGGCUGGCUCAGCCGGAGCGUGGGGCUCUCCAUCCAUGCACAACUGAAGGCGAUGACCUAUGCGGCACUGGCGGAGCUGCAGGACAGGGCUGGAGACCUACAGACCUCGCUGCACCAUUUACAGAUGCUGGAGCAGACGGCGCGGGCACUGGCAGCGGCACGGGAUGAGCUGGACCCGGUGCUGCGGGAGCGCCGGCACCGCGUGGUCGCCUUGUUGGAUGACCCGCGCUGCACCUCCUGUGCCAGCGUCCUGGGCAGGGCACAGAGCCUGGAGCUGGGUGCUGACUAUGGCAAGGUGCCGUCGGUGGAGAAGGUUCUGAAGGCGCUGGCUGGGCUGCCCCGAAGUGACUUUGCGGAGAUGAUUCGCCAGGGCAAUGGCACCUUCAACUCCAUCCCGGAGCUGGCUGUGGAGCGCAUGGCGCAGGUCAUCCAAGAUCUGCGGGAGGAGAUGGCACGCACGACCGAGAAGAUCCAGUCCAUCGCCGACAGCUUCCCCCUGCAUGACUACACCAGGCCCAUGAGCGAAGCACUGGUGAAGGCAGAGGACCGGAGCCAACCGUACCUGCGGGAGGUGCAGCGCUUUGAGCAGUACAGGUGGAUCGCGGGCACUGUGCUGUGCUCCAUCAUCCUCCUCAUCCUCGCCUGCAACGUGGUGGGGAUGGCACUGGGUGCAUACGGGCUCUCCAAGCGGGAGGAUCCAAGUGACUACGAGUGCAGAGGAGAAGCCGGUGCCAAGUUCCUCCUGGUUGGUGUGGGCCUGGCUUUCCUGUUCUCCUGGCUCCUCGUCCUCCUGGUUUUCGCCACCUUCCUGGUUGGGGGCAACAUCCAGACGCUGGUUUGCAGGAACUGGGUCAACCAGGAGAUUUAUAAGUUCAUCGACACCCCUGGGAACCUGCCUCCAUCCAUGAACCUCACUCGCCAGCUCAACCUCAGGCGGGACUCCAACCUCAGCACCACGUACCGGGAGUGCAAGAGCGGAGCAGGGCUGUGGGAGGUGCUGCAGCUUGACAGGGCUUAUGACUUGGAUGAGCAUCUCAAGACCCCCAAGUACACAGCUGACUUCCAGAAGCGCCUGGCUGACUUCACAGCACGCUUGGGUGAUGUGCGGCUCCUCCGCAGCGAGGGCAGGCAGGACCUGGAGACCUUCGCCCGCAGCGGUGUGGAUGAGGUGGACUAUGGGCGCUUCCAGGAGGAGAUGAGGAAGCCGGUGGUGCAGACCAGCCUCCCUGGCUUGGCGAGGAGCCUCGAGGGGCUGCAGAAGAUGCAGAGGAACAGCACGGUGGCAGGGCGCCUGGCUGCUGAGGCUCAGGCCCUAUGGCACAUGCAGAACUCCACAGUGCAAGCACAGGAAGCUUUGGUGGAGAAGAUGGGAGAGAGCGUCCAGUUCCUGUCCCGCUUGGCUCCACACCUCCAGGAGCGGGUGAGGACGACACUGGCCACCAUAGCCUCUGUGGAAGCCCGGCUGCCUGUGCAAGCCCAGCAGAUCCUCCGGCAGGAGAUUGGCUGCUUCACCAGGAGGGAGCUGCGCUACUUCACACAGUACCUGAACUGGGUCGGGCAGACGCUGAGGGAGGAUGUGGCUUCGUGUCAGCCGCUCGCCACAGCGCUGGACAAUGGGAGGGUGAUCCUGUGCGACCGCAUUGCUGACCCCUGGAACGCUUUCUGGUUCAGCCUGGGAUGCUGCACCUUCUUCCUCAUCCCCAACAUCAUCUUCGCCAUCAGGCUCACCAAACACUUCCGACCCAUCCGCAACCGGCUCAUCUCUACAGGGUCAGAGGAGACCUGUCCCUUCCACAUCCCCCGUGUCACAGCACUCAAGCUCUAGCCGGGGGCCUGGCAGCUGCAGCAGCAUUCCCUGUGCUCCUGGAGCUCCCAUCAAACCCGUGCCCAAGCACUGCAGAGCUCCAGGUCCCUCUGACGUCUCACAGGGCUCAGGUCCAUUCUGACGUCUCUUCCUCAGUGUCCUUUGGGGUCUGAGCAUCCUUUCUGGGUGCAGGACACUCCUCUCCAUGCUCUGGGGUCUCCUUCUGAUGUCUCUCCCUUGGCCACCUUUGGGGUCUGAGCACCCAUCAGGGAUGCUCCCAGAUGAUCCAUGAAGGCUCCACACAGCUCCCAGUAACCACCAGUGUACCCCUUGCAGACCCAUGGGGAAGGACACCCGCCCGCUGCCCCACACUGGCACAUUAAAGUCCUUUCCAGUCAAACCCA